UUUUUUAUGUUUGCUUAUUAGUGUUAUUAUUAAUAGGUAAUUUAAUUAGGCUGCGCAUCGAUGAAAAACAAUUAUAGAAAUGUCAAACUAAGUAAUAAUUGUUAUUAAUUGAUGCAUAGCUUCUGGUGAUAGACGGUAAUUACAAUUAUAAUAAAAGCAUGCAGAUAUAAUUAAAAGUUUGUUUUCUCGGUUCCAAAAGGUUUAGGUGCAACUUUAGCGGGUCGUUGAAUGGACAAUCAUCACUUCUAGAUACAUUUUUUUAAAAAGAAUGUUUUUAGAAGUUGCUUUUGGAGUGGUUACCCCAUUGUUUUUGUAUGUUAUUGCAACUUAUCUAGAUCAUUUAUUUAAAUGCAGAUUUUACCCACCAGGUCCUUUCCCUUUACCAAUUAUUGGAAACUUACAUUUGAUUGGAAAAAAACCACAUGAAAAAUUUGUAGAAUAUUCAAAAAAGUAUGGAGAAGUAUUUAGUCUAAGCUUUGGAAUGCAUCGUGUUGUUAUUGUAUCAGGAAAAGAUUCUAUUAGAGAGGUUUUGGUUCAAAAAUCAAACAUUUUUGCAGGGCGUCCUAAAAACUAUAUUGCUAAUAUAGUAUCUCGUGGUUAUAAAAAUAUUGGCUACGGGGACAUUGGACCUAAGUGGAAAAUUUUACGGAAAAUUGCUCACUCUUCUUUGAAAAAUUAUGGAGAAUCAACUGCACAUUUGGAAACACUUGUUGUGAGGGAAAGUGAAGAAUUACAUAAAAACCUUUAUAAAAAGUCUAACAGAUCAACAAAGCUGGAACAUAAGUUUGGUGUUGCGGUAUUAAAUGUCAUUUGCUCUAUUGUAUUUGGAAAACGCUAUGAGUACGAAAAUUGUGAAUUUAAAGAAAUCCUAACCUACAUGAAUUAUGUUUUUACUGGUGUAGCUGGUACAAACGCAAUUUCUUUUAUUCCGUGGCUUCGUUUCCUUCCAUUAGAUGGAUUACGAAAAUUAAAAAAAGGACUUUCAAUUAGAGAUCCGGUUCUUCGGAAGCAGUUGUUAUAUCACAGAGAGACCUACAAUGAAAGUAACCUGCGUGACUAUACAGACUAUGUCAUACAAUUUUCAAGAGAUGAGGCCAUCUUGAAAAAGUUUGGAGAACAGCUAACUGAUGACUACUUAGAGCUUUUACUUAAUGAUAUAUUUAUAGCUGGAACUGAAACUGCAUUGACAACUUUACUUUGGUCAAUUAUCUACCUUAUUCACUGGCCAAAGUUUCAAGACAAAAUUUACAAUGAAAUUGUUUCAGCUAUUGGUAAAAAUAGAUAUCCUUCUAUGAAAGAUCGUAAUAUGCUGCCUCUUGUUAACGCUGCGUUAUCAGAAACAUUGCGGUUAUCUUCUGUUACUCCAUUAGGAGUACCUCACAAAGCUAUGGAAGAUACAACUCUCUUGAAUGAUUUAAAGAUUCCCAAAGGCACCACAAUUUUAACGAACCUUUGGCAAUUACAUCACAAUAAAAACUGUUGGGAAAAUCCACAUGAGUUUAAUCCAUAUAGAUGGUUUACUAAUGAUCAAACACUUGAUUCUAUAAAAUCUAUGAAUUUUUUACCUUUUUCUGCUGGUACCAGAGUGUGUUUAGGAAAGGGUAUUGCUGAAGUUGAACUUUUUCUUUUUUACUCAAGGCUGGUUCGUGAUUUUAAGUUUGAAGUAAAACCCGGCGAUAGUCUUCCAAGUUUAUAUGGAAAUUGUGGAAUUACUCUAACUCCUCAAACCUUCAAAACAUUUGUUGUAGCUAGAAACGAUUCCUUGAUUGCUUCACAUGAAAACGUUAGUCGUAGCACGGAACAAUUUGUUAAUUGUUUCACAUAAAAACAUUUGUUGUCGUACAAAACGAUUUGUUGAUUUGUUGAAAUAAAUUAUCAAUAUAAAUA